AGCGUGCCUCCGUCACUCCAGCGGCGGCGCGGCGCUAGGGCCGCGCGAGGCCGGCGGCGGCGGCUGCCUGCGUCGGGCGAGGCGGCUCCUUCCGACGGCGCUGCUGCUGCUGCUGCGGCUGCGGAGCGGGGGGGGAUUCGGCGGCUGCUUCUUCUUCUUCGCCGCAGGCCCGGAGCGGGAGAGGCGGGCGCGAUGCCGAGCAAGAAGAAGAAGUACAACGCGCGCUUCCCGCCGGCUCGGAUCAAGAAGAUCAUGCAGACGGAUGAAGAGAUUGGCAAAGUUGCUGCGGCUGUCCCUGUGAUCAUCUCCCGGGCGUUGGAGCUUUUCCUAGAAUCCUUGCUGAGGAAGGCGUGCCACGUGACGCAGUCGAGGAACGCCAAGACCAUGACGACAUCACACCUGAAGCAGUGCAUAGAGUUGGAGCAGCAGUUUGACUUCCUGAAGGACCUCGUUGCUUCUGUGCCAGACAUGCAAGGGGACGUGGAGGACAACCACAUGGAGGGCGAGAAAGUGUCCAGAAGGGGCCGGAAGCCCGGCAGCGGGCGGAAGAACGGCGGCACCGCAGGCAAGGGCAGAGAUCCAAAGCAAUCCGGCACAGACUCGGAGCAAGAGGAGGACUCGGAAGACAGCGACAGUAACGGCGAAGAGGAAAUGUCCCAGAGCGCCCCCUUGGUGCGAGCUGCCCCACAUCUCCCCACGACCCCAGCGCCCUAUCUGCAUUUCAACUCCCCGCCGGUCUCCGCGAUCCCCCUGCCUGUCUCCGCCCCGGCGAGGGCCCUGCCGGCUGUGCCCCCCACUGUGCUGCUGGCCCCGCCCCCUGCCCAGGAGGACGAAGAAGAGGACUACGACUCCUAGCCCCAUUUCUGCUUUGGGGGGCUUCCACUUGGGGGUGGG